AAGACAAUAAAGUGGCUGAUGCACUUUCAAGAAAAGAGGGAAUGUCUGAUUCUCAGCUCUACCACAUAAUUUUGAAUCAGAUACAAUCUGAUAUGCUGCAGCAAAUCAAGCUUUCUCAGGAAAAAGAUAUGGCUUUACAAAAGAUAGUUGAAGAUUUAAAAGCUGAUUCGUCUUCUCAUAUGCAUUACAGUUGGAAAAAUGGUGAACUUAGAAGGAAAAAGAAGCUGGUUGUAGGGUCAGAAAUGGAGCUUAAGAAACAAUUACUACAAUGGGCUCAUGAUUCCUCAGUAGGAGGACAUUCUGGUAGGGAUACUACCAUUCAAAGACUGAAAUCCCUAUUUUAUUGGACAGGCAUGUUCAAGGAUGUUCAAAGAUAUAUUAGAGCUUGUGAUGUGUGUCAAAGGUGUAAAUAUGACCAGUCUAGCUACCCAGGCCUUUUGCAACCACUUCCUAUACCUACAAGGGUGUGGUCUGCUAUCUCCAUGGAUUUUGUUGAAGGUUUGCCUAAAUCUAAUGGUAAAGAAGUAAUCCUGGUUGUGGUAGAUAGACUAAGUAAAGCUGCACAUUUUUUGGCAUUAUCACAUCCAUUUUCUGCAAUUGAGGUGGCUCAAGUUUACAUGGAUAAUGUUUUUAAACUUCAUGGUCUACCAGAUUCAAUUGUAAGUGACAGAG